CGCCUCAACAUUUGAUGAGCCCGUGAAUUCUCGUGGUUCAUCUCACACCCUCAAAUAAGUCUCAUGUCGUGAGAUGAAUGAUUUGACUUGAAUUGAUUCUACACAAGCUCUCCUGUCUCAUUUACAGCGACCGCAGAGAUCAGUUCAAGUUCACGCCAGAAGACAGGCGUUCGGAACUCAAGAUGCCUUCGAAGGACCUCCAAACCGAGGGGCCACAGAAGGAUGAGGAAAAGUCAAAGUAUGAAGGGACGACCGGCCUCGAUGACGCGGACUGGGAACAUGUUGGGACGCCUAUUGAUGAAAAAGAACCAAAUGAAGAAGAGUGUGCGGAAGACAAGGAAACUAGCCUGGAGAGAAAAGCACCCUCCGAGACGACGGAGCACCGAUGGCAGCGGCUUCGAAGACAGGAGGAUGAGGCGAAAGGAAGUGUUGUUUCUGAGCUUGUGAGUUUCUACGUUUUCGCGUUAUGGGAGAGGAGGUGAUGCUGACGAUGUGUGUUGUCAAUGAUAGCUUUUCUUUCUAGCUGGAUUGUUUUUAUGGAUUUAGCACCGCUUGAGGGGGUGUCAGAAAGUGAAAUAUACAACUCUGGGCUCUGAAUAUUGAACGUUCCGGCCUGUUCCCCUCACUUGUAACAUAGCUAGAACAUCCUAGUUUGUGACUUGGUAUUAUGGUUGCCCCUCUUCCCCCGUAAGACACCGUCGCAACAUUUCAACUACCACCAACGACACGGAAACGGCAGUCGAAAGGGGGAGUCUUAGUUUCGCCCAUGAACGAUCCAUUAAUAGUAAUCCUUCCUUCUAUCAUAUGGAAAGACUUCCCCUACAUCAGGUUUCCGCCCAAUGAUACAAUAUCUACAGAAACAGUCAGUUCGCACAUCCAGGCCAACUGGAAGGGG